GAUUGGACGCAGGGGAGGGCUGUGUGACGCGACCUCCUGCAGUGCAAAGAAAGAACUCUGACUUGAACAAGACGUUCGUGAAAAACAAAACAAAAAACACACAACGUUAAAGUAAGCCAGCGUCUUAUUUUAAAUACUGUUCAGUUACUUGCGUUGCGUGUUUACAGCGCAGGUUUUACAGUUUGAUGAAUUCCCUGCGCAUUAGUUUUUCUUGCUCUAUUCUGCCGCCGUUGCCUGGAGACCUGCUUUUGCAGCCAUGGAGAGUAAUCUGCAGCUUGUAAGUCUUUUACUGCAGCUUUUCGUAAUUAGAGACAGUUUGAGUUUUGUCAUCAGAAAUGACCACCUGGGCAAAUGCAUCCAGCUGAUCCCGGGGAAGGGCAGGGUGGCCUUGGCUGAGUGCAGCCCUGAGUCUGAGCUGCAGAAAUGGGACUGGCAAGCCAACUCACAGUCGCUGAUCAGUCUGAAGACCAAGGAGUGCCUGACUGCCGCCAGAGCUAAGGAACACGAGAUGGUCAGGCUCCAGGCAUGCAGGGAGGGGGAGAACCAGGGCUGGAGCUGCUCGAAGAAGGGUCACCUUACUAUCCAGGGGCAGGGGCUGCACCUGAGCACCAAGCAGGGCUCCUCCAAGGUCUUUCUCUCCAAGGAAAGGGGUAAGCCCAGCAAGUGGAGGACGAUGCAUAACGGGACUGUGUGCGCGGAGGCAGCCAAGCCCCCAACCUGGAAGCAUGAGGGUCCGACAGAAAGGGUGGAGCAACUGACAUUGACCCUGCAGAAAGCUGCAUUUGUAAAUACAAUGAAAGCUGAGACAGCAGCAACGAACCUAUUCAUAAAAGAGCCUGACUCCACUCUCCCCAGUGCCCAGGGUGUGAGCACAGGCACACAGAGGACAGAGAAGCCUUUCAUCAGCCUGAAUGAUGGGAUGAGCUGGAAGGUUGCCAUGCUGGUUCUGAGUUCCUUGGCUCUGAUUCUGGGGCUGACUAUACUCUCUCUCAACAUCCACUACAACAGAAAGAAGAAGUUGCUGUUGGUUUCAAAGCCCUAUGGGGCUGGCAAUGUGUGCAGGCCAGUUGCUGGGGACCCAGAUGAGAGGGCACCCCUAACCCAGCGUCCUGCCAGCAUGUGCAGACGCUACCCCCCUCCAUCCCGCUCCCCCUCCCUGCAGCAUGGCGAGAUCCUGAUUGAGUGGAAGGACGGCACCAUCACCCCGCUGUUCGACAGCAUCAACUAAAUGACAGACUGAGGGCUCAUCAAUCAUCCCCCAGCACCCUUAACAGCAAACACCAACCCCUUUCUGAGCUUGGGGUCCUCCACCAAUAGAAGCUGCAUGCUACCUUAAUCAGAUUACAGUAAUGCAUUGCAUGUCAUGUGUUACUCCCCAACACUGGUAAUAAAGCAUAGUGAAAGCAUGGUAGAGCAUACAGUAAGUAUGGUAAAGAAUUUUAAAAAACAUGACAAGCCAUGUUUAUACUAUAUUAAUGAAUAGUUUAACCGUGGAAAAAACAGGAAAUUACUGUGGUGAACUCUUAUAAAACUUCCAGUUCAAAGAAAAAAUGCUGCACAUGGUCCCACUGAUGUUGCAGACAGUGGGAUCUGCCUGUGUUUUUAGUGAGACUGCCCUGUUAGUCUAUGAUUUACUCUGUUUAAAACGUGUCUUGCUUGUUUCCCUAUCUUUGUAUAGGUUUGGUCCUGUUUUCACUCCUUGCUGGUCCUUGUUGAAGUUUUUGUUUUAGAUUGAGGCCUAGCAUUUAUUCAUGGCAGUGGAAGCAUGCCAAUUAAGGAAACAAAAAAAUGGUUAUAACUAACGUAACAGAGCAACAACAAGCAUUAUAAUUUAGGAAAGACCACAACAAUUUCUGGAAAGCAGAUAUCUAAUUAGGUAUUGCCAGCUUGUCUUUCAUGUCUGUGUGCAUCUGCAGCUUUAGUUGAAUGCAGUGAAAAGACAUUACACCAGUGCAGAGCAGGGUGAAAGCCGCUACAGUUAUAGUGCACGUAAAGCAGCGAUUUCUGUUCAGAAGAGCUCCACGCAGAAAGAGUUUCAAACCUUGUGUUGUACUCUUACGCCACGUUGGCAUGUCAGCACCCAACCAGGAUAUUUUUUUCACUUUUCAAAAAGUAGGAGUUAAAGGCUGAAGUAAAUAUGGAGAAAAUUCAGAUGACCUUUUACUCAAAAGCAUUUUGAGACUAACAUGUUUUUUGUUUCUCAUUCAGAUCAAGAAUAAAAACUGUAGAAUACAAAUCUUUGUGAAUCUCCCCCAUACUAACUGUUACUGUCUGUUUCAUCGUUAACAGCGCUGUAAGAAGCAAAAGUACUGGUUCACAACCUCCAAAUAAAAACUCCUUAGCAGUGAUCUUUUAUUCAUCUGUGUAUUAAUGUGUUGUUUAUGUUUCUUAAUAUCCCAGUUGCAUUUAAGUAUAUUUUGUUA